UUGUAAUACCUCAACGUUAUUGAAACGUUUGUUCCAACAGUACAAUAGUAAAUAAUUCGAUGCGCUGUAGUGACUUUAAAGUGCAAUUUCGUCAACAUUCGUUUCAACUGAAGUAAAAAGAUUCACAACAAACAUUACAACGCUUUCAAACAGACGAAAAAUGAACGAAUGGCUGUAGUAAAGAAAGAAUCGCUUAGUGUCAUCCCAGCAAGUUCCGUUACUGUUGUACAGAGAAAGAAACCACAGAAAAUUUUGGAUGAAGACACAUACACUAAGGAUGUAGAAAACAUAAUAGAAAAGGACUUCUUUCCCGACCUUCCAGAUCUUAAAUCCAAAGCCGAAUACUUUGAAGCGUUAGAGAAAAAUGACCUGGUUAAGCUGCGGAAGUUUCAGCUGAAAUUUACCGGAGGAAGACCAUCCACAAAUGUAACUGACUGUAACUCACCUGCAACAUUUGAGACACCAGACAUCAGAUUAGAUGAUGGAACAACACAUGCAAAUGCUGACAGAGAGAAAAAUCAAGAUGAGGAUGAUGAAACAAGCAACAAAAAGCAAGCCAAAUUGUCUCUAGAUGCAUACAUGUCCAAAAACACUAGUGAAGACAAUGCAUCAUUUGCUGAAAUUUUGGAAGAAACACAACAAAAGCACAGGGAAAAACACGCCUGGUUGUUUGAGAAUGAAAACAUCAGAAAACAGGAGGAGGAGAAUAGACUAGCUCUGCCCAGUAUAGAAGAACAAGCAGCAAUAGAAGCUCCACAGGCAGGACUGGACACCUGGAAGUAUCAAGCUCGUAACUCACUGAUGUAUGUCCCUGAUGGUGCGGACUUCAGUGCACAAGAAAUUAUUGAUGCACAAAAGAAGAAACCAAGAAAAAUUGUCCAUGAUAAUACCCGUUUCAUUCAGUACCCGUGGAACAAAAACAAGAGCAAGGCCCUUAUUAAAGAGGCUGCCUCGGCAAAAGCCAUAAUUAAUCAGGGGAAAAUUGGACACGAUGGCAAGGAAAUGUUGCCAGCAGAGUCGCCCCGUGUGAAUGGUUAUGGAUUUGUAGCAACACCUUCACCAGCCCCUGGGGUGGAUGAAUCACCACUGAUGACAUGGGGAGAAAUCGAGAGCACUCCAUUUAGGAUAGAGGGUGGGGAAACACCAUUGGUUGGAUCUGCACCAGCAUUCAAGAUUCCAGAAAUUCCAACAAGAGAUCAGUUAGCAAUGAAACUAGCAGAGAAUGCCAGCAAGUCACACAGGGACAGGAAGGAAAAGGCGCUCCGCAGUGUUCAGGCUAGAUUAUCAUCACCAUUUUCACCUAAGUUUGGGCGCAGUACAUCAGACAGAAUAAGCUCCAUGUCACCAGCUGCUCAAAAGCUCGCUCAUUCACGGAUCGGGAUCCGCUCGAGUACAGACAAGGCCCUCAGAGCUAGCUAUACGCCAUCACCCUCAAACAGACUUCCUGGGAGCAAGACACCUGUUUGUCUUACCCCCAGUGGCACCCCAAAAGGUAGUACCCCCUCCUCAGGCCGUACACCAGGCAGCAAGAGAGAGGGUGGGGAGGUUCAGUCUCUCACUGACAAUCUUCUACAGAUUCCAAAACGGCCCAAAGCUGCCGACUUCUUCUGAAGAGACAAUAGAAUGGGCUGUGUUGUGACUUUAUAAUAGAAUCCUCAUUGUCUCGUGGGGAAAUUUUACUGCGAAAUUGUGAAGAUGAUGAGGACGGGGGAGAAAUGUCAUGUAUACAUUUUGUAACAUGAUAUUCAAGAUAACUAAACACCAGGAAAUGUUAGCCUGAAGUAUCUCUUGAAUCAUAUUGACAUGCAGCACCUACUUCUGAUAUCUUGAUUAUUCUCAGAAAAUUUAAAGCACACAAUUUGUUGGGUUACACUGCAACAGUACACUGAAGAAAUCUGAUUUGGUAUGGUGUUAUCAUAGUCAAUAAUAAAUGUCUUUCAGAGAA